AUGCUGUUCUCGUUGCGUGAACUUGUCCAGUGGCUAGGCUUUGCCACUUUCGAACUCUUCCUCCACUUAUUUGCUUUGCUGGUCUUCAGCAUGCUAGUUGCCCUGCGAGCAGACAUGUUUACCCCAAUGUUAAGCUGGUGGCUGGUGUUUGUUCCUCUGUUUGCCGCGGACGGUCUCAGCACCUACUUCACAGCCAUAGUAUCCAUCCGUCUGUACCAGGAGAAUGAGAAACGCCUGGCGGUGCUGCGGCUGCUCUGGGUGCUGACGAUGCUCAGCCUGAAGCUGGUGUGCGAGGUGCUGCUGUGUCAGAAGCUGGCCGAGCAAGAACAAGCCAGAGACCUUUGGUACGGACUGAUCAUCUCACCGCUGUUCAUCCUUCUGCAAUUGCUGAUGAUUAGAGCAUGCCGGGUUAACUGA